AUGGCAUGUCCAAAGGAGCAAAAGGUUUCUUUUGGCAUCUACACUCUGGUAGAAGAAGCUGAGUAUUGGUGGGAGAACACUCGCCAAUGCUGGGAGGCUGAAGGUCAAGUUGUGACUUGGGAAACCUUCAAGAGGGUAUUUAUGGAGAAAUACUUCCCUGAAGAUGUUAGGAACAACAAAGAGAUGGAAUUCCUUGAGCUCAAGCAAGGGAACACGACUGUAGCUGAAUACGCAACCAAGUUUGAAGAGCUAGUGAGGUAUUUUCCUCAUUACCAAGGAAGGGAUGGUGAAAGCUCAAAAUGUGUGAAUUUUUUUAAUAGCUUGCGACCUAAGGUGAAGCAAGCUAUGAAUUAUCAAGGUGUUCAUCAAUUCUUACUAUUGGUGAACAUGUGUAGAAUUUGGGAUGAAGACUUCUGA